GAACCAACAGGUCGAGCACAUCGAUCGAGUAGCUAAUCCCCCAAAGAAACCGAACUGCACAUACACCAAGCAAGAUGUGGCAACUGACAUGGACCUUUGCAGUGGCUUUCCUACUGGUGGGUGGUGAGGCCAAGCCCUCCCAACUCUUCAACCACCACUUCGAUACCCACCAUCUGGGCCACUUUGAUGGGCAUCAUCUGAACCACUUGGAGUCGCUGCAUGCCCUGCCCCACCACCUGGAUUAUGCGGUGCAGGAAUCGGUUCUUCCUCCGCCGGCUCCACUGCUUCCUGCGGUGGCUCCACCACCAGCCUUUGCUCCGCCACCGCCCGUCUAUGGUCCUGCAGCACCAGUUUUUGGACAAGCACCACCUGUUUACGGACCGCCAGCACCUGCAUUCUCUCCUGCUCCGCUUUUACCAGCUCCUGCUCCUCUUUUACCUGCUCCUGCACCACUUUUCCCCGCUCCUGCUCCGCUUCUACCCGCUCCCACCCCUCUGUUACCCGCUCCUGCACCAUUUCUUCCCGCCCCUGCACCACUUGUGCCCUCUCCAGCUUUCCUGCCAGCUGCUGCACCACUUCUGCCUGAGUUCCACCUGCCCGGCGUCAGCCACCAAGUGCUGCCUCCCCUCCUGGAGGCGGUGCCCUUCGCACCCACCUAUCGAGCCAUUCCGGGACCCAAGACCACCACCCAUCGGGUGUCCAUAGGCUACGCCUUCCCCAAGCUGCUGGCCGCGCCCCACGCCCACCUGAAAGCCCUGCCCCUGAAGUUGGCCCAUCACCAUCACCACUCGUUGUUCUAGGACGAGUCCGCAUACCAAAAGGAUGAUGGAACCCUCACCAAAGAGUCAUCAAAGUCA